AUGGUCUACCCUAAUGCACCAGCACACGGCAAGAGAACCUCUCAUGUAGGAUACAUCUCAGAAUUAUCCCCAGAGAUAAGACUAACUACAACAAGAACCCAAAUCACCCUUACACUCUCACAACCAUUCCCAUUAAAAUUGCAUAAAUUCAUAAGAAUAUUCGGGUCAUCCAGAAAUAAUUCCUUCCUAACAGAUUCCUUCAUGGAAAUAUCCCAGCAAGAAGCCAAUAAUUUCCAUCCCUUCAGGAAGUUAGUCAGGACAUUCUACAGGAGUGAAUUAAAUUUAAAUUUCAACAAAAAAAUAAAUGGAAUUCCAAAUGGACAUGCAGAAACAGGCAAUCUCCUUGGGUAG